UUCUUACUUGCACUAAACCUUUACGGGCACCUUUUUAUAUAAGUAAACGCAAAGUUAUUAUUUUUAGAAUAGAAUUAAAACAGAAAACAGAAACAGAAGAACUUAAGGUGUUAUCUCAUCUAUGAUCUAUGGCUUUCUUUUACAUGAAGAUGAUGAACAGUGAGUGCACCCAUGUGUCGAACCCAUCACGAUUGUUUUUAGGGACAUCAACGCCAUUAAAUUCACUUGACUCAAAUCCGAACCCGAAUCCGAGAUCCAUCAACAAAAACCGGGUCCAAAUCCCCCACGCCAGUCAUCGCGCCUCUUCAUAUGUUGCUUCUUUUGCUGCUUUUGCAAUGCUGACUCGAAGUGUCGCGAAUGAUGUUCUAACCGUCGGUAAAGAACUACGUACCCUCGCAGACGAAUUCAUCCCACGAGAGUAUCAAGAUUACUACAUCCACGAAAUGAAAAAGAUCAUCCGUAACAAAGAUAGCGAGUUCACAAUUGUCAUAGACGAAUAUCAAGCACAAUCCAACACCGCAGAUGAAAUGUAUCAAGCAGUUGCAACUUAUUUAGGCACUAAAGUGAAUGAAUCAUGUAUUCGAAAGGUUAAUGUGUGCAAAAACAAGGAAGCAUUGACUAUUACUAUGAACGAAGAUGAAGAAAUCAUCGAUGAAUUCGAUGGGAUUCAAGUUAAAUGGAGAUCUACAACAAAAACCGAAGUAGCUAAUGUACAAUCAGGAUUGAAAUCUUACGAGUUAACUUUCCACAAUCGACAUAGAUGCAAGAUCCUUGAGUCAUACUUGCCGUUCAUUUUGAAGCGAUCUGAUGAGAUAAAAUCCGAAGAAAGUGGAUUAAAGCUUCAUAUGAUCGACGCCGAUUAUAAUGAGUCAAAAACUGUCAUUAUUGAUAACCCGAUGACCUUCAAAACCCUAGCAAUUGAGCCGGAGGUAAAGAAGAUGAUUAUGGAGGAUUUAAACAAUUUUAAAGAUGGAAAGGAAUACUACCGAAGGAUCGGUAAGGCAUGGAAGCGAGGUUAUCUGGUCUACGGUUCUUCUGGCACAGGAAAAUCCAGCUUGAUUGCAUGCAUGGCUAAUUAUUUAAACUACAAUAUCUACGACAUAGAUCUUACAGAGGUUGAUUCAGACUCUCAACUUAAAAACAUUUUGCUAGAAAUGCCUAGCAAAUCGAUACUUGUGUUUGAAGAUUUCGAUCAACUUAAAAAUCAAAUAGGAGAAAAGACUUUUUCGAGAUUGUUUAACUUUAUGGAUGGGAUUUGGUCGUGUUGUGGAGAAGAACGAAUCUUUAUUUUCACGACCAAAUCUAUAAAUGCACUUGACCCUACAUUACUUCGUCCAGGACGAUUGGACAUGCAUAUUCAUAUGUCUUAUUGCACAUUUUCAGCAUUCAAACAGCUGGCUUUUAACUAUUUGGAGCUCGAAGAUCAUCGACUCUUUAAAAGAGUCGAAGAGUUGUUGCAAAGUGUAAACGCCACACCUGCUGAAGUUGCGGGAGAGCUUAUGAAGUACAAAAAGGAUGUGACUAUGUCACUCGAGAAACUUAUUGCCUACCUUGAGAAAAAACAAGGUUAUAACAUGUGACACAUGCCUAUUGACUACGAUAUGUCGUGUUAUGUGAAUAUAGUCGAUUAGUAGUUUUACAACAUACAAAAACGAUAGUUUUAUGGGACAAUGUCGUAAGAUACUAACAUUUUUCAUUUGCUCAAUUGUUCUGUAUUUUUCGUACAUAACUAGUUAUUGUAUUUAUUUAUUUUUUUAAAAAAGGUCGGUUAGGCGAUAUAAUUGAAAACAA